AUGCUAUACAUCCCUUGGCGAAGCGAGGAGGAAGAAUUACUAAAUCCCAACAUAAAUAUAAAGGACAUAUUUGACGAGUAUAAAGAAAGAAUAAAAGCCGAAAAUAAACAAUUCAAUAAACUUGGUGAUGCUGAAAUGUUUGAAACACUGCUAAAAGAAAUAAGAAAUGUAGAAUUAAUAAACGAAGAAGAAGAUUUGCAAGGAAGAGGAGUCAACGUGGAUGUAUUUGAAGGCUUUGAAUUUGAGACGCAAACAGUAGAUAUAGCAGAAGACCUCAUUCCAGGCGGUAAUCUCGGGCCGCAAUUAGAAGCUGGUAGUUAUCCCGAUGAAUUAAAAAUACUUUUAACAGCUUUUACCGGUAAAGCUGCAUUCGGAAUAGGAGGGAAAACAAUCCAUAGCGCACUUGGACUUCCAGUGUCUCAAGCGGGCAAUAUUUUACCAGAGCUGUCGCCAAGUGUGGCCAAUACUCUGGCCACAAAUCUAGCAAAACUACGUUUAAUUGUAAUUGAUGAAAUUUCAAUGCUAGGAUCCAGGACAUUCCAUCAAAUAAAUCGUAGACUACAGCAAAUAUUUCAUUCUUCUACCUUCUUUUCUGGAAUUUCAGUGAUAGUAGCUGGAGACUUCAGACAAUUACCACCUGUUGGCGACAACUGGGUGUUUCAAGCUAAGUCUCAAAAUCCUUUAGCAGAAAUAGCAGGUACGCCGCUUUGGGAUUUAUUUGUACUGACAGAGCUUAAAGAAAUAAUGCGUCAAAGGGAUAAUGUUGCCUUUGAAACGGCAUUAAAUAAUAUGGCUAGUGGAUGUAUGUCACCUGAAGAUGUCAAUUUAAUUGAAGGUCGGUGCUUUAGGAACUCAUCACUUCCAGACACGUGUAAGGGCGCAGUUCAUCUAUUCAGCAGUAACCGAGAAGUUGAUGAGCAUAAUUCUAAAAUACUCUCAAAUAUGACUACCGAAGGAGCGAUAUCAUGGGCUGUGGAUAGAGUAAGUGGCGAAGCUAAUACUGCUAUGAAAGAAAAAGCUCUAAACACAGUUGCCAAGUUACCUACGUCUCAAACCUACGGAUUACCUAAUGCUAUAACUUUAAAAGUCACGGCUAAAUAUAUGAUGACAGUAAAUAUUAACACGUCAGACGGACUAGUGAAUGGAACCACGGAGGUACUGACUGCGAUUGAUUUUGCAGUCAAUCCAACUACCGUAUCAACUGUGGAUGUCGAUGCGGUACUGGGACGUACAGCGUCAUUACCAUGUGACAUCACACCUGAUACAAAUGAAGAUCGCGUUUAUAUGGUACUCUGGUUCAGAGCAGGCAAAAUUACCGGAGGAAAACCAAUUUACAGUUUUGACGUCCGGGGUCGAUCUUUUAACAAAGCUCUACAAUGGUCGGAUCCGAACGUGUUUGGGCCACGUGCUUACUUUGCGACGGUGGCACGCCCGGCUGCGCUAAUUUUGGACACUGUACAACUAGACGAUGAAGGCGUUUAUCGUUGCCGUGUUGAUUUUAAAAAUUCUCCGACACGAAAUUUUCAAAUACGAUUGUCUGUCAUAGGUAAGUCUGAAAGAAAAAAAUCAUCAACUAUUGAUUGA